AUGACCGAGGUUCGCGCCUUUCGAGCCGACCUCACCAGUGAUGACUGGAACUUUCAUGGUUACGACUUCAAGGAGCUUGAAGCCAUAUACGCAAGCGUGCUUCGCCGGCGCGCAAAGCGGGGUGUGAAAAGCAUCAGGAACCCGCGUGGGUACUACCUACUUGCGAGUCGCUACGCUCGGAAAGACCCACUGCCAUUACACGUGAUUGAACCAAAACCCAAGGUCAUGGCAUCUCCAAGCAAAAAGAUCUCGUCGUUCGCCGAGGCCUACGUCGAUCCCAACAUCCUAGAGUACAUCCGUUGCGAGUGGUGGCCUCUUGCCCACUUCAACCCGAUUCUCUUCAAGCGCAAUCAUAAUAUUCCCAUUACGAAGGACGACUACAUUCGCUUCAGUGCCAAGCUCUUUCGAGGUCUGCUUCCCGACAUCGGUUUUCCCGAAGUGCUGCACCUCGUCGAGAACGAUUGGGCCAUCGACUUGCUCGUGGGUGCUUCGGCAACGACUCCAAUGCCAACCCUCAUGGACAUUCAUCUAUUUACUAUUUCGCUUUUGGAUUUGGCUACCGCGUGCACGGCUGGCGCGCUCGACACUAUAUUUCUCUUUCUCCAAGAAGCAAAAAUCAAGUUUCGCCUCGCGCACGAAUUUGCCGAAAUCCCAAAACUGCACUACUCAGAGCUUUCGGCCCCGGACGAGACAAGAGCACUCGACCCAAACGUCGUUCUCGUCGACCACGGCAAGACCUACACCCACUCGGUUGCACCCAAUGCGCUGGGCAGUGCUCCAUCCCACCACAUUGCACUCUUUCCGACAAAAGUGCCCCUCAUUGUGCUUUGCCUCGCGCUCGACAUGGCAUCACGCUUGGACCUUGUUGUGCGCGCUGUCGACUCGAGAGCGGCUUCGCAGGAUGCAGUGUGGCAAGUUGAGAACGUGCCCGCGGCGCUCGUCUUGUACAAGCCCAGUGAAGCCGACAUCACAUCGCUUCAGUUUGAGACACUGCGUGUGCGCGUGCUGCCGACAACCUCUAGCUCGGCCGAGACGACGUACCAUGUCACGUGCGUGCUGCUAGAGCCGGCAGCGCUCGAGUUUAAAACCGACUUUUAUGGGUCCGUCGCAGCCAAGCGUGUUCGCGUCUUCGCCUUUACCCACGAGCAGCCAAACCCGGCACAGGUGUCGCUUUCGGUUGAGCCAACAUCGGCAAAACCAAGUGCCGUCUUUGGGUGCAUGUACCUCGUCAAGCACGACGUGACGGGUGCUGCGUCGUACCGAUAUCAGAGCCACGCCAUAUUGCAUGGCAACGAACGCACGUAUGCCCUCUCUUCGGCGCCAAUGACGGGAUUGUUUUACGCGGUCCUCUUUAGUACGAUCGAGCUUCGGUUUUUGCUGUCGUAUGGCGGCACAGCGCCCCGACCAUCCAUGUCGGUCACCGUCGUCCAGCGCCCGGCAUCGGCUGCAGCUACAACCGAAGCGUCGAUCGUCGCGAGUGAAACAGUCGCGGGACAACGGAUGCGCGACGUAAGUAUGGCGACCGGCCCGCUGCCCGACAUCUUUGAAGGGACCCAAAUCGACGUUCGCGCGCGCCCAUCGUCCUCUCUACGGUCCAAAAUAUAUUCGAGCCGGCUACACAGUAGCCAAGAAGCGCAAGCCAAGCUCGCCGACGCUCGUCGCGAUCACGUUCAAGAGACAACGACACGCGCCCAUACAGCGCCCCAACGGCCCCGUACGGCCAGCGACCGACCAAAGCAGCGAGAAGCGAACCGCGAUGUAAACCACGAAGCCGUGGCUCUGCGCUCGUACUUUGCGCACAUGGCAACGACGCAGCCGACGCUUGCAGAGCUGCGUGCGCGUACGACCGAGAAGGAAGCACGAUUGCACACACUCCAGAAUCUCAAGGGACAGUUCGACGUUGUGUACAGCGACGACGAGCUGUUCAAGCAGCUAGCGCGGGCCCCUGACGCCGAGUUGGAGCUCGAACAUGGUGUGUUUGGCGCCGAAGAGUAUCAAUCUACAGCCAUGUACCUUGGAGACCUUGUGGAUGGUUUACACGUCAAGGUGGCGCUUCAAGAGAAGCACAAUGCGACUCUGCAGCGCUACGUCGCUAGCCCUACAAAAGCGUUCGAGAGUCCUGACGAAGUCAGCGACAUGCAGCGUAGCCUCGUUCAAGACAAGCUGCUUCGCUUCCCGCCACGCGUCUGUAGCCCGCGACACCGGAAGCACGCCGCGCCAAUGGUGCUACCCAAGCAACUUCUCGCAACGGAUCUGCCGUGGCAACCCAUCUGGCAAGUGCACAUUGAAACGCGGGAUGCUGUCGGAAAGAGAAAGCCAAGUCCGCCCAAAAGUCCGAUGAAGCCUCCGCGCAACGAUGCUGAUAUCGAAACGCUUUGCACUCGAAUGGAGAGACCAAUGGUUGACGACUUUUCCAUGCUGACGUCGAUCCUUGCACAAAAAAGCGAACCAGAACCAGUAGUAGAAGCACCGCUGCCCGAGACGGUCGCCGAGCCCGAGCCCAGCGCUCUUCGGUACCCCGAGCUGGUAAUUCCCGAGUGGAAGGACCCUCCAUCUGCGAAUGCGCAUCCAACGCGCCUAACCAAGCAAACCAAGACCCGGCAAAGAAGCCGCCACAAGUCGCUUAUUCGAAAGCUUCCAUGGUCGCGGCUGUAUGCGACCGAGUCGUCAGCAGUGAUGCGCUCGCCAUGGGACGCUGGGCCAGAAUCAUGA